AUUGCCCAAAAUCGCACAGAAUCCAAACAGUACAAUCUCUCUCUCUCUCUCUACUGUAAGACACAGUCGUCACCUUCUCUCUCUCUCUCUCUCUCCUCUGCUCUGCGCACCGCUUCAUCUCCCGCCGGUUACUGUUCCAUCACCACCACAGAUCCGAUUACACACACUACUACCCUUUCAGAUUCCUCUCUGUUCAUCUCAAUUUCACAAACAACCCUCUAUCAAUUUUCUUCUUCACCCCUGUUUUUCUUAGGUUACAGUCAUUUCCCCCAUUUCAAGCUGAAGCAAUGAACUCCACUCAGCAACUUCAGCACAAAAUGAAGUCCACAGAGCAAGCUCAGCUAGCAGUGGACUCGACCAAGCAAGACCUUCUAAAGAUGGCAGAGAAGCUCGAGUCAGAGAUAUUAGCAAAGAUCAAGUUCAUUCCAACGCAUGUUAUUGGUUUAGAUGGACUCCUUUGUGACACCUAUGCCAGAAUGUGUCCAAAACCAAUUGAUUAUUUCAACAGGAGAGAUUUGGUUCGCAUAUUCAAUUUGAUGACAAAGGAAAUAUAUGGCAAUGGUUAUAACACCCCUGUUGUGGAAGGAUAUGGAUCAUUUGUGAUGGAUAUGUUCACCGACGAAAGCGAUCUUGAUCUGUCUAUCAAUUUCCAUGAUCCUAGUGAAUUUUCCCGAACUAAGAAGAUUAAAACGCUUCAAAGAUUCAAAAAUAAAUUACACUCACUUGAACGACUAGAGCAUGUUACUGGUAUACAGGCUAUCCUGGUUGCCACAGUACCAAUUGUAAAAGUUAUUGAUAAGGGAACAGGUAUCGAGUGUGAUUUGUCAGUCAAUAAUUGGGAUGGCAUUAUAAAAUCCAAGAUUAUCCAUGCAAUUUCUGCCAUAGAUGAAAGAUUUCGAAAGCUAUGUUUCCUGAUGAAAUCCUGGGCGAAAGCACAUGAUAUCAACAGUUCCAAAGACGGGACUCUGAAUUCUUUAUCUAUUGUAUUGUUUGUUGCUUUUCAUUUGCAGACAUGCAAUCCUCCUAUAUUACCUCCAUUCUCUAUUCUACUUAAAGAUGGAGCAGAUCUUGUGUCUGUGACUAAGAAUGUUGAAACUUAUUUCAACUACGGGAAACAGAAUGAAGAGUCAUUGACUAAGCUUUUUAUUACUCUUCUUGUCAAGCUAGCAUCCGUUGAAAGCCUUUGGCAGCAAGGAAUUUGUGCAAGCGUAUAUGAAGGGUCGUGGAUUCUUAAAACUUGGAAUCGUCCUUACUCAAUGAGGAUUGAGGAUUUCAUGGAUCGGUCCCAAAAUGUUGCUAGAGCGGUUGGAGCAGCAAAGGCAGAGAUCAUUUACAGAUGCAUACAUAAAUCUCUUAGCUACCUGUCCCAGUUUCUAAAUGACCAGAUCCAAGGAAUUGAAUUGAUGGAUCUUUUGUUUGGAACACAUACAGUUUCUACUCCUGGAGCUGGAGGUACUAGUAACAUCAAUGGAAAUAACCUUCCGUCUCCAGAAAAUCUUUGUCCACAGAAAAAGCCCCGCUUAAUGGAAGGUAUAGUAGAAAACCUAGCUAAGAGACAUAGUCAAGGAAAUAUUUUGGCUCAAUAUUUGCAAGGAAAAGAAUUCCAGGGCAUGGGUUUGAUGCAGCAAUCUCUUGGUAAAGUUGCACAUAAUGCACAUGCUUCUUUCCCUCCCUCAGUUUCCUAUCAACCUCCUCUUCCUGCUCCUAGGUCAAAUAUUGAGGUGCAUCAUGGUCCAGGGGUAGUUCCUUCUCCUUUCACCUUACAACCAAAUGCUUCUGGCGGUUCUUUUAUUCCUUCUGUACAAUCUGGUAUUGUUUCAUUUCAAAGUUUCCGGGGUGGUGUUGAGUCAUUACAUCAAGAAGCACUAGCUCCAAAUCCUUGGGGUGGAUCAUUCCCACCAUCCUCAUUAGGGCCAAAAUCUCCAAUGAAGAGGCCAUACCACCGCAUAUGACAGUAGUCAUUUGGAUCUAACUGGGGUUGUUUUGUACAUGUAUUUGUCUUGUAAAAUUAAGAUACAUUUAGUCAUUUACAGAUAGUUUACAAAUAGAACAAUUCUUUUGUAAUUCACAUUUGGUCCAACAUGAACUUUUGGUGGGUGAGCCCAAUUGGACCUAAUUUUAUUAUCAGUUCAAAUUAUUAAAUCUUGAAUUAUCAUUCUCGGAA